GCUUGUCCCCGUUUUCAUCAUUUCCUGCAGGAAUCAAUCUUGAGUUCUUUUGUCCUGUUGAUGAAAAUCCAGAGAGCCUCGAAGUCGAAUACGCUUCCUCUUGGUACAAGCACAAAAUUUUUUUGAGUGAGUUAAAACAGGCACAGGAUGGAGCACGCCUUUCGUUCUUAACAACUGAUCUUCACAAACUUGAUGUUUUUGAUUGAAAAACGAUCUUACAGAAAAUGGCAGCUUCCAAGUUUUCUACUUCUUCUCCACUAGAGCCUGCUUUGCGAGACUUCACGUCGAAAGAGGUCGCAGAUUGGAAAGCCGAAGCUGGGUACGGCAAUGCAAAAUGCGAAAAGAGGGCGAUUCUUCUCAUCGGUCCUGCUGCGGCUGGAAAAAGCUACUUCAGAACGACAGGAAGUUCAUACCAAUGGAGGUCACCUUCUAGUGCUUCGACUAGUACGGUCGUUAUGCCUGGGUCAGUUGACACAGGAACAGAAGCAAAAUCUGCAGCAUCGAGCUCGACAGGUGCGGCUAAAAAGUGUCACAUCGAAACCCCGUGCACGUCAAAGGACGAAUCUCGGAUAAUUUUUGCUGCUUUACAACCUCCUUUGCUCAAGAUUUCAGAGUUCGUUGAUCUCGAUGGGGAUGCCAUGCGGAAUGUACAUGCAGAAUGGUCGACCAGAGUAAAGAAGAAAUCUGGAGGUGCUCGUGCGGAAGAUCACAAUCAAGAUUUGUUUGAGGCGAUGAAGCCUGUCGUUGCCAGAUUGAAGGACCGGACUUUGAAGGAAGGGAUUCGAGAAGGUAGGAAUUUUUCGCUGCCUUUGACUUUUUCCACACAGGCGAACUGGGAUCAAGUGUCACUACUGCAGUCUGCGGACUAUCGCAUAGCGAGGGUGCUAGUGUUUUUGGCUCCUUUUGGGGAAAUACAAGACCGGGUGGCCCUGCGAGGGGAAGUCACAGGUAGGAAGCAAUCGAUGAGCUCCGCCAAGUACAAUCAAUGUCUCGAUGGUUUGCUGAUGAUAUCCGAGAAGUUUCCGGACGCGCCAGUCUUGAUUUUCAAUACAUCAACAAAGUCCUCUCAACAAGAAGGUCCGAACAACCGCUUUGGUGGGAGUGAACACGAGCAGAAGAACGACGUCACCACUACAAUUAGCAAGAAAAUACGAAGAACCAGUACAGAUAGGGAUAGCGCGAAGCAAGUAAAAACUUCAGAUUCAUGCGGGUCACACUCACGACGUCAAAUGAACCACAGCAAAUCUUCUGAGACAUCAGAGGGCGAUGCACCACAGCAUGCGACAUUACUGUGUGAACUUGACAACACAAGGCCUGGUAGCACGUUCAAAGCAAAACUCGAAGCUAUUGUGCAAGCUUUUCGAACAAAAACUCAUCUCCCAUAUACAGCAGAGGGUCCUCCUGCUACAACUACUAGCGAUGUAGGCAGCUAUGCUGCUACUUGUGCUUUCUGAAAAGAAAAAGUAGAGGAGUGCUGCCUGUCUAUAACCUUAUUUUAUAUACAGUAAAAGCGGUCCUCCACACAAAAUCCCUGUUCUAUCCGCU